GAUAUAACUAAGGGUUAACGGAUGUGCACCAAGACAUUAGACUGUUAAUGAUCAGACACACACCCGUUACAUAUGCAUACAAUUUAUUAUCAGAUUUUCUAUUAGUGACACAAGACCUAAGAAGCUAUAGGCCUGUUAGAUUGUUUAAUCGUCUUCUAAACAGGAGCGGGGGCCGUACAGCCAUGCGCACACAAGGCCGGGUGUCUCUUAUUGGUUCGUUUUUCUUAGUGGGCGGACAUUAGCGCUGAGGAAUCCAGGAGAGUUGAAGAGUUGGGAUUAGGACGAUGACCAGUGUUUGGCGAUUUCUGCGCACAUUUUCGCGCCAAGGGCCCAGGGCGCACUGCAGAGGAGAGGGAGCGGGCGGGCACACCGGCUUCCUCUCAAUGACCCCCAAAGGUUUGUAAGACUGUAACAUUUGACGAGUGCCUCCAGGCCCAUGGCAGACGAGCGUAAAGAAGAAGACGGGAGACGGACAGACGCGGAGCCUCAAGGAGCCGAGGGUGGGGAAGAUGUUGUGGAUGACCCCAUUUUGGAGCAGGGAGCAGUGGUUCUCAGAGGGUAUGUGUUGGAGCGGAUAAACACUGGGGACCUUGAACGUCACAUCUCCUCGGAGGACCUGGGGGGGAGGCCUCAUGAGCAGGAGGAGCACAACGUGAAACAAGUGGUGGAGCAACUCAUUCGGAUCGCCGACGAGAUCAACCGCAACGCCGAGCUUCAGCGACUGAUCAACCAAGUGGAGGGUAACUGUGCUCAGGACAUUUUCAUGGCAGUGGCCCAGAGCAUCUUUGCUGACGGCAUCAACUGGGGCCGAAUCGUGGCUCUGUUUCACUUGGCCUACAAGCUCAUCUACAGGGCAAUAACCACAAAUCACAUUGAGAACAUCAGACUAGUCAUCAGCUGGGUGCUUCAAGUGAUCAAAGACCAGCUGUACUCAUGGAUAGUCCAGCAGGGAGGCUGGGAGGGGGUUAUCCGGCGUUUCACUCGGUGGAGGACAGUAGCCAUCGUAGCAUCCAUAGCAUUAGUGGCCUCUUUGGUUUACUACAGGAAAACCCGCUGACAUCCGGACCUCACCAAGCACAACAGCCACUCCUGCUUUCCUGGACUAACAUGGAUUAUGUUUAAAGACUGCAAACCACUGCUCAAAAGAUUUAAAAAACACUGUAUGACUCACUGCAGUAUGAUGCCUCUUCAAAUACUAGAAUGUUGAUUGGGUCGGGUAAGAAGCCAGAGUACUUAUGUGAUUUUUAGCAGCAGGAGCUCAGGUAGACCAUCUCUGGACCUCAUUCCCCAUCUCCACACAAUAUUUAACAUUUAACAUUAGCACUGUGGAGUUGGUGAACUGUGCCAUCUGAUCCUUCAGUUUUGUGCCUUUCUUUUGUUCACACACCAUUACUUGUAUAUGUAAAGUUUAGCUCAUGUUAAGGGUGGCUCAGAAAUGACUACGAAACAGUGACUUUUUAAAAAAUUCUCCCCAGGACUGAAUGGAUUGUAUAAACCUCUAAAAAGUGAAGACAUGUGUAAGGUAUUUAUAGAAGGGGUAUUGUGCAAAACUGAUUCUUUAUCUUUCUACCAGGUUAUAACAUUGUUCCCUCAUCAAAGUUAUGCCUGAAGAGGUUUUAGAUGUCAACCAUGCAUGUUUGAGUAUUUUAGCGAUCCCUCUUUGCGGUUAGUUCUUAGAUUCUGUUAAACACAUAAAACAUGAUACAAAACUGUAUACAGCAACUUGACAAACCUCAUGUGAUUUGCAGUAGUUUUAUUACUGGGAAAAAGUUAAACUUAUUCAUAUUAAUAUAUUGUUUUUGGCAAAUAUAGCAUUUUGAAAACAAUUAAAGGUAACCUGGUGAUGUAAAUAUGUGAUGUGUUAAUACCCCAUAGAAGUGUAAUACUUGAAUGAUUACACUGUCAUUUUCUGUUCUUAUUUUUACCGACUGUUUUUGCUGAGUUUUUUUAUUCUUUAGAUUCUCACCUUAUUUCAGUUAGCUCCACCAUACAUUGGCAUUGCUGCCAUCCUUGACUACAAAUGCGUUCUAUUCGGACUAUAAUGUUGUUUAAAAACCUCCAGAGAAUCAGUGACUUGACUUGUUGAUCACAUGAACAUUGAACAUUUUACACAAUUCAACCUACUUAAUGUCAUAUUUUAAACUUUUCUCAACUUUUCCAUUGAAAUGAAUGUGACUGUGCUAAACUGGAAGAUGGAAAGCAUGGUUUAGUAGCAUUUAGAGGCAAACGUGGGUGGGGCCCGAAAAAGGCAAAUAGACUACAUACUCACUAGUGAAAUGUGAGUAUAAUCCAAGAUUUGAUCCAUCUCCUUCCUCUCUCUAGUGUCCUUUACUUUUUUUGAGCAGUGCAGCAUACGGUUUUAUAUGAAUUCAUGUUUUUUACUCCACAGCCAUAAAACAGAUACUCAGGUUUUCCAGUGAAUUCUGUCUAGAUAUACGUUUUUGUUUUUUUUUUGUGGAACUUUCUCUUGACAGCACUGUGACAGUCUCUCCUGUGAUGCUUCAGUAAUCCAGUCUCAUGAGGGUUUUUCUGUUUAAACAUCACCAUGGCAUUGCCAGUAUAUACUGUAUUCUAGUGAUGGGUGAUCUGAUAUUAUGGAAAGUAUCACAAUAACAAUUCGACACAGAUACCAUUGAGUCUUUUAUUCAAAUGCAUUGAAACAGUUAUCCUGCUUUACCUGAUCCAUGAAUUAAAGGCCUGUGUUAUGCUAUUUUCUAGUUUCCUCCUCAUAAAUAUACCUGGAGUUGUUUUGUUUCAUUCUGCAUAUUUAGGCUGAGUUCUUCUCUCAAACUGAAAACACCACCUUGUGAUGUAAAUGUAAAAGGAGCUGUUAACUUGAAAACUAUCUCUUCAUGACAUCAUAAGGUGGAACAGAGCAUUUUGAACUAAAACAACAACAAAAAAUUGACAUGUAGCGUUAACAAUGAGAGUGGAUACUUUUCCAUAGGUUGGUGUUGAUCCGCCCAUCACUACUGUAUAGUGCUGUGAUGCUUCAUGCACACUUCAAACUUGGAUUGUUUACUACAUCUUACUGCAAAUUCCUCAUUUAAACCCAUUCCAAGUAGCCUGUUUACUAAAGAUGUCUGUUCCAAAAGCAUCCUGAGCUCUCUGGAUGUUUCUGUUCAGCUUAUUAAAUGUAACAACACAUUCAAGACUCUCAUUAUUAUUAUUAUUAUUAUUAUUAUUUUAUUUUAUUGUUUUUGUUUUUGCAUAUCUUUUUUUCUUCCAGAUGCUCCUUUUCUGCCCUUUCAGGCUUGUGGAGUCAGUUCCCCUUGUUGUCACUCUUCUGACAGCUAAAGUUUGACGGUUUUAAUGUUGGUGAAACUGUAAUGUAACUGCUGUUUGUUUAGUUUUUGAACAUAGGUUUAAGAGAAUUCAGAUUAAGGUGAGAGGAAAUGAUGUCCUGUUCACAGUAGCCUCUGUAAAAGCUACUGCAGCUGUUCUCAAAGGGACGCUGUGAUUGUUUUAUAGAAUUAUGUGCUGAAUGAGCUGUGCACUUUGAAUUCAAAUCACACUAUUUAUGUCAGGUUCUCUGUCAAACAAGUGAAUACUUUUUGUUUUGAAUGAAGUUCAUGUCUUGAACAAAAAGUAAUAAAGUAUAUUUUUUUCCUG